GGGGUGAUUCAAGCGCGCGUGAGGACGUUACACAAAAAAACGUGCGAAAGCAGCUGGAACCUUCUAUCAGAACGCCACUCAACUAACCGCUUCUACCAGUGAACCAGAGAGUGUCAGUAUUUUUCAUCUACAGUAACGUUACCUGACGGGAUGUCAGUUAUUGAGGAGGAACGAGUUCGCGGCGGGGUUUUUAAGGACAUUAAUGCAGAAGAUGAAGAUCAGCAAACUACAGUGAUCGAGAGUUUGUGCAUGAACUGUUAUGAAAAUGGAAGUACUCGUCUACUGUUUACUAAGAUCCCUUUCUUCAAAGAAAUCAUCAUCAGCUCUUUCUCGUGUCCACACUGUAACUCGACCAACACAGAAAUCCAGUCUGCUGGUCGGAUACAAGAGCAGGGUGUGCUGUACACCUUACAAGUGAAGACCAAAGAGGACAUGAACCGAGAAGUUGUGAGGUCUGACAGUGCGUCCACCAGAAUUCCACAACUUGAUUUCGAAAUUCCUGCUUUCACACAGAAGGGCUCUUUGUCAACAAUCGAGGGCCUUCUGGACAGAGCAGUGGCGGGUUUAGAACAAGACCAGCCUGUUAGAAAGUCAACAGAUCCAGCUGUAGCUGAAAAAAUAGAGGAAUUCAUCCAGAAGUUGAAAAGACUUAAAGAAGUAGAAGAGGAAUUCACAUUAAUUAUUGAUGAUCCAUCAGGGAACAGUUUUAUUGAGAACCCAUUUGCGCCUCAGAAAGACAUGGCUCUCACUGACACACAUUACAAAAGGACGCCUGAACACAACGCUGCACUGGGAAUAGAGGCAGAGGAAGAAGAAAAUGCCGAAAAGCCUGGCAAUGAUCUAGAUGCAAUGAGAAAUGAGGUAUUAGUGUUCAACACUAACUGCCCAGAAUGCAACGCCCCAGCCAAUACAAACAUGAAGCUUGUUCAAAUUCCACACUUUAAAGAGGUCAUUAUAAUGGCCACUAAUUGUGACAGCUGUGGACAUCGCACCAAUGAGGUGAAAUCUGGAGGAGCCACAGAAGAGCUGGGAACCAGAAUAACACUCCACUUAACCGACGCUUCAGAUAUGUCCAGAGACCUGCUGAAGUCAGAGACGUGUAGCGUGUUAAUUCCUGAGCUGGAGUUUGAGUUGGGGAUGGCAGCUCUCGGAGGGAAGUUCACUACGCUGGAAGGACUUCUCAAGGACAUCAAAGACCUGAUUGUUUCAAAAAACCCCUUCAUGUGUGGAGACAGCUCUACAGCAGAUAGAGCUGAGAAACUGGAACUCUUUGGGCAAAAGAUUGACAAGAUAAUGGCAGGGGAAAUGGAUGUGCACAUUAUCCUGGAUGAUGCCGCGGGAAAUAGUUAUCUUCAGAAUGUUUAUGCACCAGAUCCAGAUCCAGAAAUGAAGAUUGAGAAGUACACCAGGACCUUUGAGCAGAAUGAAGACUUGGGGCUGAAUGACAUGAAAACAGAAGGGUACGCAGAGAAAAUGGUUUAAAGUUAGAGAAAAAUGGAAAUUAUGUUAUGACAAAUUCUGUCAAAACAAUUAUAUAACAUUGUUUAAUUCGCUUUUACAUUUAUUGUAAUAUAUCAUGUAAUAAGCACUUCUGAAAACCAUUAUGUCUUUUAAAGGCAGCGUUAUGAUUUGAAAAGGAAAUAUAUAUUUUUUGGCUUGAAUAAGUGCAAAGGUGAAGAAUUUCCUUGCUGUGUAUGAAAAAAUGUUUAAGUUAUAAGUUUUGGUAAUUUUGAUUAUUGAGCUCUUGUGUUAAUAACCAGUAUUACAACAAAUUGUUACAAAGUUUUUGAAGUACUUAAACUACAGACACUUAGUAAAGUAGUCUUAAGCACACUGGAUGUGAAUUCCUUGAACACAUUUUCAUGUAAUUGGACUUAUAAAGGCUGUAAUAUAAUAAGAGUUAUGUUUGUACAAUAAAACAGUAUAGUAUAAGUAUAAUGCUGAACUGUUUACACUUUGAGUUGAGUGAAAUAUCUAAUUAAAAAUGGCUUCAGCAUGACGUCAAACCCUAAUGCAACUUAUAAUAAAUUUUGUUUACAUUA